UGGGAAUCGACGACAACCGAUCACCCAUAACCAUUUUUUAUUGUUUUGGUCGAAACCCCUAACCAGUACAAAGAAAAGUGCACGAUUCGAUUAAACCUGGUUGGUGCCAUAGUUUCAAGUACAAAAGAAAAGUGUGGAAGUGGAGGGAAGAGUUCACCAUCUUAAGCCAAUUCGAUCGGUGUACCCGUAACCCUCCACGACCUCGUGACUCUCUCGCGGCGAGAAAGCUAGGCGGGAAAGCAUGGCGGCCGUGAAAGCCUCUGGUCCGGUGCUGUCGCGGCCGGUGACCUUCGUGACCGGCAACGCCAAGAAGCUCGAAGAAGUCCGCUCCAUCUUGGGUCAAUCCAUCCCCUUUCAGUCCCUCAAGCUCGACUUGCCUGAAUUGCAAGGAGAGCCUGAAGACAUAUCCAGAGAGAAGGCUCGAUUGGCUGCUAUUGAGGUCAGUGGACCUGUGCUGGUUGAAGACACUUGCCUCUGCUUCAAUGCCCUGAAGGGUCUUCCGGGGCCUUACAUCAAGUGGUUUCUGCAGAAGCUUGGUCAUGAAGGUCUCAACAAUAUGUUGAUGGCAUAUGAGGAUAAAUCAGCUUAUGCUUUGUGCGCAUUUUCUUUCAUGAAUGGACCCGAUGCUGAACCAAUCACUUUUCUUGGAAAGACUCCAGGGAAGAUAGUACCUGCAAGGGGACCCACUGAUUUUGGAUGGGAUCCAAUCUUCCAACCCGACGGCUACGAGCAAACGUACGCAGAGAUGCCCAAGGAAGAGAAGAAUAAGAUCUCUCACCGUUACAGGGCUCUCGCACAAGUAAAAUCCCAUUUUGCCGAGGCUGGUUACAUUUUCCAGUCCGACCCAUAAGAUGGAUGCUCAAGUGGUGAUGGAGGAGGAGAAAGAACAAAAAGGCCAGAGAAAAUGUCGGGAUCAAUUGCUAGUGUUGCUUUUCCUGCAACUUUGUUAGGUGAAGAAAAUCAGCAAACUGGGCUUUCAUAGACAUCAUCUUUCAAUAGGGUCUAGAAGAGAGUGAUUAUAUCUGCGAUUGAACAAAUUGUGCAAACGUUGCUCAAUUGCUUGCAUAGCAAGCAUCAUUUAUUGUCAAACUUUUUGGAAAUGCUUGACAAAACCCUGAAGCAUCGUUCGAUAAAAUGACGAAUCUAUGAGCAUAAAAAGUCUAUAUUCAUGCUGUUGUGGUGAACUGCAUCACUUGGCAAUACAUGAACAUGUAAGUAUUGUCAUAUUUCGGGGUCAUUUCGAAUUUCUCUCUGGAAAUAUAUUCGAUUCUGCCUU